AUGUUCGAAGGCAACUUUUCAGAAGGCCAGAGCCAAGUAGCCAUAUUGGAAGACGUGGAAGGCGUUGUCUCAGAGCAAAGUCUCGAAGCACUCAUCCAGUGGCUUUACAUGGGCCAGGUCAAUUUUGACCCCAAGGAUGCUCUGGACCCUGGACGGCAAACCUCAGCAAUCAUCGAGUUUGUGAGACUUGCAGACAUGUGUGCGGUCACCGGUAUGGAAUCUCAAAUGACACAGCGCCUUGAAGCCAUCUUGCUUGCCAAUGCAGCUCCAGUCCCUUGGUCAAAAGAUUACUCGGGGGUUCCUGUCGAUGCCUAUACACAAGCGCUCUCAACGGACCACAUCUUUUCGGUUGAGUGUUUGCCCCAGGGACACCCCGUGCGACGUGUACUAGCCAAAAACUCAGUUCCCGGAUUUUUGAGAUCUCGAAAGCACAAAUUUGCCUCCGUGAUGCGCGACUGUCCAAAGUUCGCAACUGACCUCCUUGAAGAAGUGGGGCAAGCCCUGGAACGUCUCAAAGCCAUAAAAGGGCAUCCUUGUUUUUGGGACUCUAUCAAACCGCAAUGGUGCGAGUUCAAUCACUAG